AUGUCCACUUAUUUAAAUGAUACACCAACAAACCUAUCAUUAUUAACAUCACAAGAUCAAAUGUUACUACUUUCAUCAGAGAAUAACAAUAAAGAAACAAUCAAUCAAUUUAAUGUUCAUUUAUCCUCUCCUCCUCCUCCUCCUCCACUUCCAUGCAAAACAAUUGAAAAUUUAACACAACCCUUGAAUAUUGAACAAUUGAAUAAAACGCCACUGACAACAACAAAUAUUUACCAAACAGUUUCAUCAACAGUAUGCAAUAAUAAUAAUUAUGAUAAUAUUUCAUAUCAAUUGUUGAAUGAAUCACAAGUAUAUGCACCAAAUGAUGAAUAUAAAGAUUUAUCAUUAUAUGAAUUAAACUGUCAACGAAAACUGACCUCGAAUCCCUCAUCACCAUCUCCAGCAUUAAUCUCAUCAUCAACAUCCUCGUCCUCAUCCUCAUCAUCAGUAUCAUCAGAAAAGGAGGAGAAAUCACAUUUUCAGUCUGUAUGUAAUUUACCCUCAUCAAAUGCUUACUAUCAACAAUUCUUAUUACAUUAUAAUAAAAAUAUUAUGGGUGAUACUAGUGAUUUAGUAAGUAAUAAUACCAUCAAUAAUAAUAAUCCUUUAAUCAUGUCAAAUUAUGAUGCCAGUCAUUUACAGAGUACAGAGAAUAUUUUAUGUUCAAGUAGUAGUGGGAAUACUGUAACCACAUCGAAUUCUGUUAACCUUAAUAAUAAUGAUCACACUAAUACUGGUGAGAAUGAUGACAGUGACAGUUCCCGGCACCAUCAUCUUCAUAAUUAUCAUCAAAAUAUUAACUUAGACGACAGUAAUUUCGAUCAUAAUUUAAAUAAAUACUGUCAUACAGAAGUGUAUGAAAACUAUUCACCAUGGACGCAAUAUUCUAAUCCUGUGAUUACCACUCAUAAUAACAAUAAACAUGUUGGGAUUGAUUCAUUGAAUAGUGACCAGAUAACCACAGAGCAUAGCCCUCAUCAACACUAUCAACAACCUGAAUCGAAUUGGUUAUCUGGUAUACAAGCCUUGAUCAAUAACAGAUUUCCUAAUGAUGCUAAUACUGAUACAUCAAAAACUGCAUGGGAUACGCUACAAUACUAUCAGAAUUCACAAAUUCAACCUGUACAUAGUAAUAGCAAUAAUAAUAAUAAUAGUAGCAAUAUUGAUAAUAGCUAUCAGACUACAAUAUCUAACCUCCCACACAAUGACUCCCAGUGUUUCAUGCCCACACCACAUAGGAGUAUAUAUCCGAAUUCAAUGGAUCCAUACUGUUAUUCUCAUACUGAACAAGAUCCAAUGAGAACAUUUGAUUCAUCUCCGGGUAUUCCUAUGAGUAAUAGUAACAAUAAUAAUAAUAAUACUAAUUAUCAUAGUAAUAGUAAUGAUAAUAUCUGGUCAAGUAAUAUGUCUCAUUUCUUCAACACAAAUGAUCCGUACAAAUCAAUUUUAAUGGCUGCCGCUGUUGCCCGUUAUCCAGCCUACAAUUCGAGCAUUCUUGAGAAUGAUCCUAAUAAAGAUAAUAUCUGUACUAAUGCUAAUACUACUAAAACUACCAAUAAUAAUAGUAGUAUUAAUAGCAACUCACCUAUUCAGUCAGAUUAUACUUCACUUUAUAAAUCAUUUCUGUCUGCAAAUUACACAGAAAUCAAUCAUUCUUCAUUCAGGUGUUCAUCAUUAAUGACUACUGACAGUCAUGUGGAAAGUGAAGAUCGCCUGUCAAUGUCAAAAAUGCCUAAACAUCAAACAUUUGAACCAUCAACCUCACUAGCAUCCCCAGUAUCGUCAUCACCAUCAACGGUUACAUUUAACAGUGAAUAUCCAGUUGACAGUGGGAAGCCAUCUGCAUCAUCGAAUAACAAUAAUAAUAACAAUAACAGCCUAACAGUUAAACGAUAUCUUGGUCGACCAACCUGUGACUGUCCCAAUUGUCAAGAAUUAGAACAUUUAAAUUUAACUAAUCCAACUACGGCAGCUGAAUUAAGACGUAAAAAUCUGCAUAAUUGUCAUGUACCAGGUUGUGGUAAAGUGUAUAAUAAAACAAGUCACUUGAAAGCUCAUUUAAGAUGGCAUACUGGUGAACGUCCAUUUGUAUGUAAUUGGUUAUUAUGCGGGAAACGUUUUACUCGAUCCGACGAAUUACAAAGGCAUUUACGUACACAUACUGGUGAGAAAAGAUUCAUCUGUCCAUUGUGUCAUAAGCGGUUUCUACGCAGUGAUCAUUUAAACAAACAUAUACGUACACAUUCUGAUAUAACAACAAUAAACAAUAGUAAUACUAAUGAAAAUAAUGAACAGAAUGCCACAAAAUCUUUAGAAAAAGACUAUUUAUCUAAUGUUAAUAGCGAUAAUGUCGAUUAUGAACGGAGCUCUCCUUCGAUUAUUUCAUCUUCUCAUAAUAUUCUAAUGAAUUCUAAUGAAUUUAUUCGAUAG